GGUAUGACAUUACAUAGAAAAAAAUGGAGACUUUCGGAAAGGCAAUGUCAUGUUGAAUUAGCAAAUUUCACACAUUAUCAGAAGAUGGAGGACAGAGAGGAGGCUUUGGGCUUUAAGCCUCAGAAGGAUAAAAUCUACAACAAGUUUUUACCGUAUGUCGAGCAUAUAGAUGAUGAAUCUAUAGCUGCUCUUGCAGAAAUCAAAGGCAAUCUGGCAAAAGCCGUUCUGCUCAGAGACAUCAAAGUGGGAGCGACUUUUUGGGUUGGACAGCUCACAAGAUACAUUCGUCUCUAUGGAAUGAAGUUCUCAAAAGAAGAUCAUGUUCUGUUUAUCAAGCUUUUGUUUGAGCUGACCACCAUUCCUGACCUUGAACUUUCAUUAGUUCCAAAGUUUGCCAGUCAACUUGUUGGCUUGUUGAAAAAACAAAAAUUGUUAACACGAGACGAUUUGGAAUUGCCAUGGAAACCAAUUUAUCAGCUUGUGGAAAAUGUGGCGUACUCACCAUAUGAACACCACGGAUUGCAAUUAUUUCCACAAAAUAUGGAGCAUGAUUUGAAGAACCUUGUUAAUUACUGUAGGACUUAUUUUCCAGUGUCAGCGACCCAGGAGAUGUUGGACGAAUGGCGACCAUUGCUUUGUCCAUUUGAUGUCACUAAUAUUAAAGCUGUUCACUACUUUGAAUACUUCUUACCAACAGAUUUACCUCCUGAAUACCAUGAUAAAGGGUUCAAACUGUGGCUUGAUGAAUUUCUCAACAUGUGGCACUCCUACCAAAAUGCUCCGACUUGGGAGGCAGGUCUCGUUCGAUUGUUUGCACGACUUGCCCACGACACAAUAGGCUAUAUAGACUGGUGUCCUCAUGUAUCCAUGGUUUUCAAUCGCUUCAUAAGAAGUUUCAAUCUGCCGGUCGGAAUGCAGAAAGUGCAAGUAGGUCGUUCUAACAAUACCUACGAUAUCGGCGCCACGAUUACCUGGAUAGUGUCCAUGAUGGGCGGGCCUAAUGGGAGCAUGGUGCAGGAUCACAUAGACAGCUUCUUUAAAGCUCUGCAGUCAUUUUUCCACCCAUCAAACCUGGGAAAGUGGAAUAUUAAGCUGAGUGGGCUACUAAUGAAUUUUCCAAAACUGGUGGUAAAGAGAAUACACAGAGAGAGAUAUAAGAAGAAGGACUGGCUGUCAGUGAUUCCAGAGGAGUACAAACUCAAGGAUUCUGAAAUCACCAGAUUCGUAAAGAGCAUGCAGCCUGUAGUAUCGGUGUCGAUGUUCAGUAAAUACGGAAGUCACGACUCAGCAAUAGCAAUCAGACACCUGUCUAACAUGAGGCCGGAGCUCAUCAUACCAGAUCUAUUAGAGAAGAUGUAUCCUGCGAUGGAGAACCUGAUCGAGCCCCACCGUCUGAUUGCCUGCAUGAACUGUGUGGUGGCUGUGUCUCGCUCAAUGCUGAGUGCCAGGAAGUGGUACCCAGAAGGCCGUUCUCAUGUACUCCCCCUGCUGAACCUCGCACUACCAGGAAUUGACCCUAAUGACUUUAAGAAGUGCCUGGUGACCUUUCAGAUGAUUUCCACCUUUGUGGCUCAGGUUCCUAUUGUUGACUGCUCAGAGGCUGUGUUCAUCAGAAAUGACCUCUCAGAGGAAGAAAAAGAACUAUGUUCAGCUACAGCUCAGUUUGAGGACUUCGUUCUGUUGUUUUUGGACAGAGUGUUUGCCCUGAUUGAGAACAGUGCCCAGGAGCACACUCAUGGUGAUCCCACUCGUCUGAAUCCAGAACAGACCAUGAUGGAGGUGGCGCUGUCAUCAACAUUUACCUCGGUUCUCUUACAAUGUUCUACUCCUAUAUAUGAGUCGGCGCUUUCUCGUCUCUAUAAUUUUAUAACCACUAGUGUGUAUGAGUCCAAUGUUGGCGGCAGGUUCGCAGCAAAUCUUUGCAGGGCAGCAGCAAAGGCAAAUCCUAAGGCAGCAGUAGACAAGUUUUUACCUCUGUUUUGCAAGAAGAUCAAAGAUCUAAUGGCAGAACAUGAAGAAUACAAGACAGAGGAACAUCUAGAUGAUGGAUUCUUGUGGAAUCUUCUCAUGCUCUCUCAGCUUGUAAGAUGCAAUGGAGUAGUGCUGCUCCCCUACAAAGAUGAGCUGCUUGAAGUGCUCCAGCUGAUUCUUCACCUUAAGUGUGUACAAGGCUACGAGCUAGCCUGUCAGCUGAUGAGGUACAUACUAAGGGCCUUAACUCUUCACUAUCCUUUGGAUUAUCGGAGUGUGGCUGGGUCCUUCGACAGACCAGUGUCCGAGUAUCUCGCCAUCAAUGACUGGGCAAUGUCCGGCGAUAUGGAUGACCUUGGAAUGAAGUGGCAUAUCCCCUCAGCUGACGAGAUAGCUUUCGCACAGUGUCUGAUGGACCAUAUACUACAACCAGAGUUAGAGAAAAUCAUGUCAUUAUCAUCGUCCAAUCCAAUGGACAAAGAGGAGUUGUUGCAGAGACUAAACAUUACACUGGAGUGCCUUCUCGGGGCCGGGGCAGCACUUCCUGUUUGGAAGUCGACAUCCGUCAGUCUGUCCAGUUUGAAUGUAAAAACGCAGGUUCCUAUGGAACGCUUCCCAGUUAAAUCGGUGAAAGAAUCAUUAGAGGUACAGUAUAAAGGUGCUAACUUAAGACUGGAAGUUGUGAAAACCAUGAAACAUUUACUGAAAUACCUGAUGGAAUGCACAGAAGAUGAUACUAAGAGUUUGUCGAAGCUAAUUAAGAUUUAUGAGACGGUGUUGUUUUUCUAUGGUGCUAGUAAACAAGAUUUUGAUGCUCGAUGGAAAAGUUUACAUUCUGUUAAAGAAGCCCUGGAGGACAAGAUGCGGGACAGAAGAAAGCACAUCCGAGCUCUGUUGGUUGAUAGAGUUGUCUUACAGCAAGAGAUGAGAAUGCUCUAUGGAAUUCGUGAUUACACUGAUCAUCACCAGGAUAUUUUGUUCGACCUGUACAACUUGGCUGUCAGUAGAUAUGGCGAGGUGAGAAAGAAAGCCCAGACUGUGUUGAUGCAAUGCUUUCAGAAUUUCCCAUACUGCUACCGAUGCAUUCUGGGUAGAGUAUCUGAAAGUCUUGCCCGAAAGGACACCCCUGAAAAACAGUUCAAGGGGACUCUGUAUGUGGUGCUCGGCAGUGGAAAGAGGUGCCUAGCAACCAAGAGAAGCUGGGAGGUGAUUGGUCAAUUAUGGCCUGCCAUUGUCCAGGCUCAGCAAUCGGAGAAGCCCUCUAUAUUACGAGUGGUUGAUGACAUUAUAGCAAAAGUCAGCAAGAAUCUAGAAAGUCCUGGAAUUGAAAUCAAAGCCAGCUCCAGUUGUUUAGAAGCGGCUAGAAGAUUGCUGGCCUCGGGUGUUCCUUUAGCAAAUCCCAGUAAGCUGUCCGACAGUGAGGUGAAGCUGGGUGAAGAAUUUGAGAACAAGUGCAAUGAGUCCAACAGACGGUUAUAUAUUAAAGUUGUGGAAGAUCUUGUGGCGUUAGUCAAUGGUGGAACUUUGAUGUGGAAGUUCAGUCAGUACUGUAUAGAACUACUAACACUGCUACUGAGGCAUGAUAUAUCCACCCCCACCCCAGCGGUGGAACUCUUCACUUCCAACCUCAUUCAUGAUUCCAUCUACAUCAGGAAGCUUUCAAUAGCCUCAGUGUCAGCCAUUCUGAAGCAGCAGAAAAGAAAACAUCCGAAAGUGGUGGUGGAUGCUUUUAAGGGUGUCCCACCCCCUCCCGCUAGAACCUUCCUACCUGGAAGUCGACGGGAUAAUGAAUGGAUCAUGUACAACUCCGACCAGCUUCCAGACAGUCAGGAAAAAUGGGAAGCCAUGGAAUUCGUCGACAAAACGCACUGGGGAUAUUACUGCUGGCCAAAAGAAAUGAAGAUAUAUGCCAAACAGUUGGAGCAACCGAAAUUAGACCGAGUGGAAUUAGAACUGUUAGAUGUUGAAAAACCUAUUUUUGUGAAAAUGAGUGACUCUGUGUUUGUAAAAAAGUUUAUAGAUGUGCUGAGUUUAGAAGAAAAUAAAGGGAAAGACAAAUUCAGGAACAAGCAUCUAACACUCUUCAAGGGUCUAUUUAGGAAUUACGGGGAUACCUUCCUUCCCCACUUUAGAGCUCACAUUGUGGAGCUUCUGUCUGACAGAAGCCACGAACACCACGAUAGUAAACAGAGGUGUGGUAUGGAGAUUCUUGCAGGAGUUGUACGAGGCUCAAAACACUGGCCAUACCAAAAGGUGAGUGCCUUAUGGGACUGGGUAAUCCCCAUUUUGAGAACCUCGCUGGACAAUAUCACCAGUGAGACUAUGAGGGACUGGGGGACGUUCUUCACUGUCGUAUCAGAGAGUCGUGAUCCGCGAAGACUGUACAGGUUCUUCGAGUUACUUCUGGAUAAACCAAUCCAGGAAGGGUCUUCCUCUUUUGAGGACUCCAGUCGCCUGUUUGCAGUGCAGAAUGCUUUGGUACAACAAGAGUGGAGAGUUCCAGAACUCCUACACCGCUUGCUGGGAUUCCUGUUGUCGUAUCUCUCUCACAGAUACAAGAAUGUCCGUGAUAGGGUGGGAAGCCUGCUCUCCAACAUCUUCCUGUACGACUAUAAGAUUCGCAGUGAAUGCACCACAAAGUCUCCCCACAGGCUAGAUUUUGUCCGGAGGGUGAUGCCACAGUUAGAACCAUUGAAAGAUUUGGUGCUAUCAGACAAUGGGAAUAAUGGAAGUUCCAAGGAAGAGAACCACAAAGAAACCCCUGCCACGUCCGAGAAGAUGGAAGUGGAUGACGAUGAGGAUGAAGACAGAAAGACAACAAUCCGAAUGUGUAAAACAGUGUUAAAGUGGAUAUCGGAUGGUCUCGGUAGAAUGUUCACCUCCACUACACCAGAGCUGUUCCUGUUUCUCCCAGUGAUCUGCACCUUAGAGAGUGAAACAAAAGACGAGGAGUUGAAGGCAGACUGUUCUAUGGCCCUAGCCUGCUUCUCUCAGGCUCUCAUUCAGGAGACCAACGUCCAUGUUUGUCUGGAGACUAUCAGAGAGGUGAUGGGUUUAAAGUCAUGGCAUUCGCGGGUGGCAAUCCUGGGCUACAUUCAGGUGAUGGUUUUCUGUAAUCUGUUCACCAUGAACCAGACCAAGUACCAAAAGGAAAUCCAGAACUUCGUACUACACCUCAUCUGUGAUGACCAAGUAGAGGUAAGAGAGAUGGCAGCCAUUACUUUGAGUGGGUUGCUCCACUGUGGAUUCCUGGACAUGGACACAGAUAUGCUGGAUCACUUUGAACUCCUAAGUAAGAACAAGGUGAAGAAGCGCAAGCAUUCAGACUCGGUACCUCCGGACGCUCUCAUAAAGCGGCAUGCUGGUGUCCUCGGCCUCAGCGCUUUGGUGGAAGCUUAUCCGUACGACGUGCCAGGGUUCAUGCCACAGGUCUUAAUGGACCUCAGCAAUCAUGUCAAUGACCCACAACCAAUCCAGAUGACUGUGAAGAAGACACUGUCAAACUUUCGUCGAACUCACCACGAUAAUUGGCAUGAUCAUAAACAAAUGUUCACAGACGAUCAGCUUGUCAUAUUAACUGAUCUGCUAGUGUCCCCAACAUACUAUGCCUGACAACAGACCAGUGUGUUAGGAUUCUAUUAACCAAUAACCUUUUACCCAGGGCGGCAUUACGUGCAUGUGAUCGUAUAUCACCUCAUUCACAAAAAUCAUCAGUUUAAAGACCGUAGAAAUCGUGCAAGUCUGCCUUUUGUUGCCCUUAUUUAUUUCAGUGACAAAUAUAUUGUGAUUAGUGUUUUCCAGAAGAAAAAAACUAUUUUGUAUCCUUUUUGCAGUGAUUAUAAGUGUUGCACAAUUAAAGAAAAUGAACAUUUUUGAAUACUUGUAAUAUUUUAGGACAAUAUUAAAUUAUCCAUCAGCGUCUGCCAGUUGUGUGACAAAUAUUAACAAAGAUUAUCAUAUAGUUUUCAAUGUGUUCAGUAUUGGGAAAAGAUGGGUACAACUAACUUGUGAUUACUUUUAUAUAUAAUGUUUAAGGUUUCUGUAGCCCUUACUAGGGAAUGGGAGAUUUGUUUUAUGGGAUAGUUUAGUGUAGUGUGCCAAAGUAACAGUUCAAACAGGCAUUUAUAUCUAGGACAAGGAAUUAGUAUGGAAAAUACACAUACUUGUACAAUCAUAUAUGUAUAUCAACCAUUUAAUAGGAAAUGUAUGUAUUGAGGCAUGUACAGGGAUUAUAACAUAAGAUGACAAAAGCUUAUUACAAUGUAUUGUACCCCUGCAAGGACAAGGGGGGGGGGGGGGGGUGGAAUUGCCUACCUGUCUAUCUAUGUAAAUCAUGUUUUGGAUCCAAUUUGUGACAGAGAAAUAUAAGUUACCAGAGUAAUAAUACAAGGAUGUGUGAUGAAGUAAUUUCUGAUUGAUCUGCACUGAUCAUUCGCAGGAAAAAGUAUGGCAUGCAUGCAAGCUUGACAAAAAUUGGGGGGACAAAUAUUCCAAUUCUAGUUGGGAGAACAUCCUGGGACACUUGGAUGGAGAAGUUCACAGAUUUACGAUAUAAAGCUACAUUUUAUCUGUAUUCCUUGUUUUUUCACCAACAUCAGUGUAAAAUCUGAGCAGAGGGAGCAUGUUAGCUUAUUGAAAGUGAAGCCGACGUAAAUCACCCUCUGGUGCGAGAUUGGUGUAAAUCACGCUUAAAUCCACGGAUUUACCUGUACAUGUGCGAUUCCAGAUGCCAUACAGAUAUUUACCUGUACAUGUGAUUAACAAUUUUAUCAUGUUGCUGACAAUAUUUGUAAUGUUUCUUUUGGAUGAUGUUUUAAAUUAAAAUAUGUAAUGACAAA